AUGAUCUCAUCUGUGCGUGGAUUUGAUCUUUUGAUUAUUGAAUUCAUAAUUAAGUAUUAUGCUAUUUAUUCAUUAGAAGCAGUUAUGGAAGAUGAGGAGAUAAGAGGAGGAGAUAAACUCAUAUUAAGAGGGCUGAGGUUCCAUGGUUUCCAUGGGGUGAAACCAGAAGAAAGGACACUGGGUCAGAAGUUCGUGAUAGAUGUGGAUGCUUGGAUGGAUCUUCGGCCAGCAGGCUUAUCCGACUGCUUGUCAGACACUAUUAGCUAUACCGAAAUUUACCGCAUAGUUAAGGAAGUAGUUGAGGGGCUGCCGCAAAAUCUCCUCGAGUCGGUGGCUCAACUAAUUGCUUCUACUACAUUGACGAAGUUCCCACAAAUAUCUGCCGUCCGUGUGAAAGUUGGGAAGCCUCAUGUUGCUGUUCAUGGUCCUCUGGAUUAUUUAGGUGUUGAGAUUCUUAGACGCAGAAGUGGGGAUACGCCAAACUAA